AUGGCUACUUAUUGUUCUUAUUUAUUAUCAUUAUUGUUUUUAUUACUGAUAACACAUUGUGUCAAUACUGCUAGUCUUCGUUCGUAUUUAUAUUCAUUUUCAAAAUCGUCUUUGGAUAAUCGAUAUCAUCCAUCCAUUGUUGAUAAUGAAUUGACAACAUCAGAACCCAUAUUAUCACGAAGACGGCCUCUACUGUCAUCAAAUGAACGACGAAAACGUUGGACAAAAGAAGAAGAUAAUGAUGAAGUUGAAAUUCCAAUUGAUGAAACAAAUAUUGAACAAAUGAUUAGUACAACUACCAUUGAUAACGAAUCAAUAGUAUUAAAAAAUAAUUCAAAUGACAUUUUUUCAUUCGAUUCAACUAUGAACAUAGAACAGUCAAAUAUAAACAAUUCUCAAAUAAAUUUCGAUGAAAAUUCUACUAUAAUAUCAACAAUAGCCGAAAUAAAAUAUCCAUUAUUACGACAAGAUAUAAUUGAAAUCAAUGAAACAAAUGAACUAACAACUAUUUCAAUUAAUGAUGAUAUUUUACAAAAUAAUAAAACUGAUAUUGAACAAUCAAUUGAGAACAAUGAUAAUUUAACUACAAUUACUAACAUCUUUCCAUUAACAACAUCCAAUGAAAUCACUGAUAUUAGUUCAACAGGAUCAGAAACAUUAUCAACAAAUGUUACUGAUAUCAAUCAACAAGUUUUAAUUAUAUUAAAUCUAAAUCUGUUUUUUUUUCCGUUUCGUUCUAUUGUUAUAGGUAAUGAAACAGAAACAUCAUCAAUUCCAAUUUCUAUAAAUCAAACUGUAGAAGAAACAUCAAUUAUUUCUCAAACUGAACUAUCAACAAUAACUGAAUUCGAAUCCGAUCCAUCCACUAUUCUUCUCAAUUAUACUACAAUUCUUCCAGAAGAAACAAAUGAUAAUCAAAAAUUAAUUGAUUCAGGAACAACAAUUGUUUCAGAAUAUAAUACUACAGUAAUUGAUGAAAGUAUUGACACUACAAUCAUUACUAAUGCUACACAAAAUGAUACAACAUCCGUCGAAGAAGGAAUAACUAGUAUUACAACCAUAUUGGAUGUACUAAAAAAUGUUACAACAAUAACUGAUCAAGGAAUAGAUGAUGAUACUACUAUGACAUCGGAAGUCACACAGACUGAUAUAUCAACUAUGAUUACUGAUGAUGAUGAUGAAUAUUCAAAUGAAACUACAAGUUCUUUACCAGAAACAGCUGUAAAACCUAUAUGUGAUCUUUCAUGUCAAUGUUCACAAGAAUGUCCAUAUGGAUUUGAAAUUAUUGGUAAUAAAUGUAAAUGUGAUCCACCUUGUAAAAAUUAUCAAUGUUUUGGUGACGAUAUAUGUACGGUAACAAAAAAAGGACCAGCUUUAUGUCAACCAAAAAAUGGAACAGAAUAUGGUCGUCCAAUUCGUUGUUAUCAACCACGAGAUGCAGGUUAUCAUGAUAUUAGUAUUCGAUAUCAUAAUCGAUGGUAUUAUGAUCCUAAUCAAGAUACAUGUCAUUUAUUUGUUUAUCGUGGUUUGGGUGGAAAUGAAAAUAAUUUUGAAACAUUACACGAAUGUCAUUUGGAAUGUAUUACUUGUGCUCCAGCACCAGAUCGAGGUUCAUGUUUAGGUCAUCUUCCAAUGUGGUAUUAUGAUUAUAAACAAAAAAAAUGUUCAAGAUUUGAUUAUUCAGGUUGUAAAGGUAAUGAAAAUAAAUUCUUACGAAAACAAGAAUGUAUUGAUACAUGUAUUACUCGAAUACUCAAUAUUUAA